CAGGGGCCAUAUAACAAAAAGAAGCAAUAACCGUGUGUCUGUGUCACACUCUCCGUGUAUCACCCGGCCACCAUAACCACCAUCAAGAACUCGACUGCAGGCAGUCUCUUCGGUGGUCAACCAGCCGGGGGUCAAGGCGAUGAACCCAACAGUGAAUUCGCUCCGCCAUUCUCCAUCUUCCACAACUCAUCCAUCAAUUACAGGUCUCACCACUACCUCCCAUCAAUGGUUUCACCACCGCCCCCACUUACCAAUCCCCAAACCUCAUCUCCGCCCCACAACCUUCACGACCUUUUGUUCUCUCCGCCGACCACACCCCCGCCGCCACUUCCGCCGUCGUCGCAACCCCGACAGUAAUAUCUAUUUUCCGACGACCGAUGCCGACGCUUCAUCACCUCACUUAGAUUCCAAGCUUCACUUGGUAAUCGACCUCGAACACUACAUACCCGACAGAGCAUCCCUAUCUUUGAAAAAGUUAGUGAAAAUCACCAAACUGAACUUCAAUCAGUUCGUUGACUCUGGAAUCGACGCCGUGGAGGACUUGCAGACUAUGAUCACCGUCGACAGUAAUAAGAAAGUCGUGGUGUCCUGCCGAAAAACAACGGUUUAUUUCAUCGGCCAGUUGAUUGCUCUGAGUUUCAUUACCGUUUUCGCUUUUAGGGUUUUACUGAAACUAGGGUUAGGGUUUCGGAAUUUGUUCAGGCACCGGAGCAAUGACGGCGGAGGGGUGGUUACAAGGAUGGAUAGGAGUUUAGGCGGAAGAGAGGUGGUCGUCAGCACUCAGAAAGACUCAAAGAAGGAGUUCAAUGUCUCUGUGAAUCCAUUGUCUUCUGUUGAAGAUUCGAUUUUGAGCUAUUCAAAUUCAAUGACGAAGAACUGGGAGAAAUCAAAGAAGAAGCUUCCUGAUUGGUGGCCGGAUUCUCGUCCAGCUCCAUUAGAGGGAAUCGACAAGGAAGAGAAUCAACGAAAAGCUAACUGGUUAAUUAGAGCAAUCAUGGAUUAUAGAACGAGUGGAAAAGAUUUUCAGGAAGAUGAUAUAAUCUUACUGCGUAGAAUAUGCAGGAUGUCUGGAGUCAAAGUUUCCAUUGACACUCCUAAUUCACGUGAUUCAAUUUAUCGUGCAUCUGUCGACUUUACUUUAAAAACUUGUAGCAGGGUAGGAAGCCAUUCGACAUUUGUUCAAAUUGAUGGAGAGGAUGCACGAGAAUUCAUUGGUGGGCUUGCUGAUAAUAUUGGCCUUGAAAGCUUUCGAGCUGCUAGAAUGGUGGCUGCAGCUGUGGCUGCACGCACACGAUCGUGGCUCUUACAAGCUUGGGCUUUGGAAAUGCAAGGUAAGCAUAUUGAAGCGGUGGAGGAAUUGUCAAAGUUAUGUCUAAUUCACAGGAUAUUUCCACCGGAAGAAGGCUCGCCGGAGAUGGAAAUGGUAGCUAAUGGGCUGGAGAAACAUUUGAAAUUGGAACAAAGAGAGUAUUUAUUAAAGAUGCUAAUUGGGGUAUCUAGUGAAGAGAAUCGAAGAAGUCUUAUUGAAGCUUUAGGUUUGGAAAUAUCAGGUGGAAGUGUUGGUGAUCAACAAGAAAACAUGUUGAGUUAGCGUGAGAAAGAAUAAAGUGACAUCAUGUUUAGAUUAAGAGAAUAUCGUUAGUGUUGUUUAGGUUGUUAAUGUUAGUUACAGGUGAUUAAAUUGGUCAUUGAGAUUGAUAAUGAUUAAUGUAUUCGUUUCAUAGAUAUGAUGCUCAAUUAUUAAUAGAUAUGAUGCUCAAUUAUUAACAAAACCUAC